AGUAGACUUAGGUAUAGACUAAUUGACCGACAUAAUGUAUGAUCAAUCUACGCAUUGCGCCUUACCACCCCCAAUUUUGAGCAAUGUUCUGCAAAUUGGCGUUGUUUACAUCGUUCGCAUCGCUCUUUCUCUUCCGAGCCAUUACAAGGCGCUCAAAACUUAGACGAUCCUGCUACGAGAGGAGCACUUGCCAUAACCAAUCGCGACUCGACUCACUCCGAUUCACGUAUCAGCUCGCUUUGACAGAAACAAAAUUCAAUAACGAUGUCAACUACAAAGAGCCACCACUUUCCCUCUAUGUGCACGAGUUUGAUUACCAUGAUACUCUGUCAUCACUCACAUGCAACGUGAUGAGGGCUAUCCAGACGAACCACCACUGAAUGUAGAUUUUCACUGACGCUCCCACAAUGGAGGUUGCGACCCUAUAUGCCGCUUACAAACCCCAGCGAUAGCAAGCACCAAAUGAACCCCUGCAAGCGCAAUCCCAGCGUGAUGAUAUCC